AGUGCCUGUGGAGCUGACAUAUUCUGAUGUCUGGCUCAGUGACAUUUUGGCAGUUCUUCUCCUGACUGGCCUUUUUAAAUAACAUGUUGUAUUUUGCACUUUUUUAAAUUAUUAUUCCACUUUCAGUGUUUUUUCCCUCCACAGUUGAGUGGAAGGAAAUCCUUCCCACCCCACUUCCACUCCCUCCCCUCUUUCAUUAUGACAGCAUCUGCUCACAGCUGGCACCACAUGGGUGUCUGCUUAUGCUAUAUCAAAAAAUAUUGCCAUGAUCACAAUGCUUCAAACUAAGCUCACUUUGAGCAAACACGUGCCUCAACAAUCAGCCAGCCUAAGCGAACGCACGCUUUUUACAGAAGCUCUUGUGUAAAUUUGUGUGCUGUAACCUUUCGUGCGUUUUCUUCUCUGGAUUGCUCAAGUUUCGGUUCACUCGGAAAGACACCAUGAAAAGUAGGUUAUCAAAGCACAAAAGAGGCCAUCUAGACUAGAGCAGACUGACAGCUGCACAUCAGGCCGUGACGUGAAUCUUUUCCAAGCUCAAGGAGCGCGCACACACACACCUCCCCCUGCUUCUUCUCCUGGCUUCUCUUCCGGACAGCACGGACUUUCAUGGAAAAUCCUUCCUGGCCUCUUUAUGGACUUUAACAGCAAGUAGCUUCCCAGAGGAACCGUUGAACAACAAGCGUCAUGUCUGCGCGCCCCGCACUUUCAGCAGCUGCGCCAAUUUCUUAACGCACUAGAACUUGUCUGCGCUUCAUCGGAAGACAGCUAUCCGCAUGCAGGUGAGCGCUGGUGGUUUGAUUCACGGAAGAAGAAGUGGAUUGUUGGAUUUGGAUCGAGAGCGGUGUAAAUGUCACCGCGGCUGGUUUGUGGCUGAGGUGGCGGCGCACAAUGGGCAGCCCAGCUCCUCUCGCAGUAUAGGCUAUAAAACAAAGGACCAACAUGUUGCCUUUGGCAAAUAAACAUUUUCUACAAAUAGCCACUUUAUUAUAUUAGCCAAAGUUUCUUCGUAUAUUCUUGCGCUGAACAAAAUUCCAGCAACAGACCACCAGACGGGUGCAGGUGUGUGGCACAGAGAAGAUUAGGAGGAUCUAAGAAAGAAGGCUUACUGUAUCGCGACGGAAUAUAAAGACUGAAAAUUUCUACCUUUCACAUUCAAGGCACGUUUUGUUUGGAGGACAAUAUAAGAAAGUUGCAAGUUUGUCAAGAGAAGCAGAAAGGAGAUGACUACCAACACUGUUCUCCUGCUCUCCAUUCUCUCUCUCACAAGCAGCAGGGCAGAGAAUGCAGAGGAGCGGCUGGUGAACUACCUGUUGAGUCCAGAGCGCUACAACAAACUGAUCAGACCAGCUGUCAAUAAGAGCCAACAGGUCACCAUCUCCAUACAGGUGUCUCUGUCUCAGCUCAUCAGUGUAAAUGAGAGAGAACAGAUUAUGACCACCAACUUGUGGCUGUUCCAGGAGUGGAAUGACUACAGGCUGAGAUGGGACCCAGACAAGUAUGAAGGCAUCAAGAAACUACGAAUACCAUCCAAGCACAUCUGGCUUCCUGAUAUAGUGCUCUACAACAAUGCUGAUGGCGUGUACGAGGUUUCCUUCUAUUGCAAUGCUGUGGUCUCCAACACAGGAGACAUCUUCUGGCUCCCCCCGGCCAUCUACAAAUCGGCCUGCGCCAUCGAGGUGCAGAACUUCCCCUUCGACCAGCAGAACUGCACUCUUAAGUUCCGCUCCUGGACUUACGACCACACAGAAUUGGAUCUAAUCCUCACAAGCGACUUUGCCAGCCGUGAUGACUUCACGCCAAGCGGAGAGUGGGACAUCGUCUCGCUUCCGGCACGCAAAAACGAGGACCCCAAUGACAUCACCUACCUGGAUAUCACCUAUGAUUUUGUGAUCCAGAGGAAGCCACUGUUUUACACCAUUAAUCUGAUCAUCCCGUGUGUGCUGAUCACAUCUGUGGCUAUCCUGGUGUUCUACUUGCCGUCAGACUGUGGAGAGAAGAUGACGCUGUGUAUCUCAGUGCUGCUGGCACUCACUGUGUUCCUGCUGCUGAUAUCAAAGAUAGUGCCACCCACCUCUCUUGCAGUGCCACUCAUAGGUAAAUACUUGAUGUUCACCAUGGUACUGGUCACAUUCUCCAUUGUGAGCACCGUCUGUGUCCUCAAUGUGCACCAUCGCUCCCCAUCCACUCACCACAUGCCCGACUGGGUCAAACGCCUCUUCUUAGUCCGCCUGCCCACUUGCCUCCUCAUGAGGCGUCCAGGCUCUUCCAAUGUCCGCGAUAAACUCCGCCGGAAGUACGCCAACCGGAGUACUGUCGGGAAAAGCAAUCCCCAGACCGGCGCAGAGAAGAUGCAGUACUCCAACAUCAGACUCGGUGGGAUCCGGACAGACACUGACCCUAUCUACGUGAAUGAGGACUUGGCACACAAGUUUUGCUGGAAAGUGGGCGACAUCCCUGAUGGGGGUGGUGGGUUUUCAGACUUCCAGAGCCAUUCGGCUGCUCAGUGGGAUGCGGAUUUGGAGGAGGCAGUAGAUGGAGUCAGAUACAUCUCUGAACACAUGAAGACAGAAGACGACGAUGAAGGGAUCAUAGAAGACUGGAAGUACGUAGCCAUGGUGAUAGACCGUCUGUUCCUGUGGAUCUUCAUCCUGGUGUGUGUCGUGGGAACUCUGGGGCUCUUCAUGCAACCACUGUUCCAAAGCUACAACACACCCACUGCUGAUGACACAGAGUUUGGAGAUUUCUAAGAUUUAUGUGACAUGAGAAAGAACAUAGUAGAAAAGCAUCUCUCAAAGAAAGUACAUGUGAGGAGCUGCACCAGAUCAGGCUCUGAUCUGUCUUUCUUGGCUGGAUAUAUAAACAGCCUGAUCAAUGCAGCCAGCUACACUGGUUUUGUUUGCAACAGUGGACCGCAAAUGAAGACAGAAUCAUACUGGAACACUUUUAUUUUUACUGCAUGGCCUCUAUUUUUUAAGGACUAUGCUGCCCUCCAAGCUCUGCCAUCAUCACAGGCAGGUCAGUCUUGAUCUACUUCUAACAAAAUGACAUUGUCAUUGAGCCAAGAUAGUUUUUUUACAUAGCGUACAAGACAGCUGCUGACUAUCUUCCACAGCAUUUAACUUUCCCGAUGUAAAGAACAACCACAAACCACAAGGCAAAAAUACUGGUUCGUUGUCUUUAUUUCAUUUUGGACUGGCAGUGCUGCUGAUGAAACAUUUGGAGCUCUUUAAAGACUCUAGUGCAAUGGAGGCACAAAGGUCCAUUACACAUUAUAGCUUCUAUAAGGCCAUGAGGGCUGCUUUCCUCUGCAGCAUUGUUAAUGUGAAAAAUAAGACAACAUACCAAUAGUUCCUGUUGACACAGUACAACAGACCACAACUACUCCUUUCUCUACACUUCUCAAACCAAGGCUUACAGUAACAAAGCGAGGACACUUUGUCCUAUCCACCUUUUCUCUUCAUAAACAUAUUAAAGAGUCAUCUCAAAUGCUCUGUCCUUUUCUUAUUCUGUUUCGGAGCUUUGUGCCUCAUCUUCAUGAUCCACUUCCCAACAGGUGUUGUAAUUGUUAAUGCAUUGUCUUAUUUUGAAGAAUGUGUAUUCUCUUCUUGUUUUCUCUUUCUGUCUUUCUCUCACUUACUUGGUUAUUCUCUUGUUUUCUCUCGUUUGUGUGCCAAUAUCAUAUAAUAAUUGUAGCAGCACCAGGUUACGUAUAAAUAAUAAAUGUGACACUGACUAUAUUCUAUUACAUGUUGAAUAAAAACCUAUGAAUUCUA